AUGCGCACGAACUCUUGUGUUCUUCGGCCUGUAAGAAAUACGCGGGGCAACAUACAAAGCGAAUCUACGGACAUAAAGACAGCUGUGGUGAUCCGAUGGUGGGGCGGCGGACGACGACGUGUCGAUUAUCUAUCUUUAACGCUGCCUAUAUCGCUGCCCACCUCUCUAACACACCCACUCUCUAUCUCUCUCUUUCCCUCUCAGUUGCUCUUUCUCUCUCUUUUUCGCUCUCUUUCACACUCUCUCUCUCAUUGUCUGUCUAUUUCUCUCCCUUUUCACUCUCUCUUUCUCACUUUCUCUCAUUCGUUCUUUCUCUCUUUUUCCCUCUCACUCUUUCUUUCUCUCUCCCCCUUUCACUCUCUCUAUCUUGCUUUCUUACUCACUCUCUCUUUCUUUCGAUAUUUCUCUUUCACUCUCUCUUUCUCUAUUUCUCGUACAUUAUCUCACACAUUCUCUCAAUUUCUCUCACUUUCUUCUUCUCUCUCUUCCUCUUCCUCUUCCCUUCUCUCUCUCUCUCUCUCUCUGCGAUCUCAUUCGACAUCUGAGGAGUUGACACAGUCUCACUCUCUCACAGACGCGCCGUCGCCUCUCUCUGUCUUUUUCUACAAAUACUUUCAUGGUACGGUAUAUAACAUUAUCUAUCUAUCUAUCUAUCUAUCUAUCUAUCUAUCUAUCUAUCUAUCUGUCUGUCUAUCUAUUGUACGGUAUAUAACAUUAUCUAUCUAUCUAUCUAUCUAUCUAUCUAUCUAUCUAUCUAUGAGUUCCUUUAUAUCUAUCUAUCUAUCUAUCUAUCUAUCUAUCUAUCUAUCUAUCUAUUAUUUCUUUUCUUUCUUUUUUUUUUAUUGUAAAUAUCUAUCUGUUCGUAUGUGA